AUGGCAGGUGUAGGGAGUGAGGAUGAGGAUGGUGGAGGUCUGCUUACACCUCGCACCAAAGGCAUUGUACAACAUUUUCAAAAGCAAGUGAGGGAGUACACCCUUGGAAUUGAUAAUGAUUUGCAUGUGAUAAAUGAGAAGAUUGGGCAAAUGGAGGCCGCACAGAUUUCCAGCAACACCAAGCUUGCAGGUUUGGAGACGACGGUUGCUCGCGUGGACAAGAGUCUCGCUGCUCUUCUAAGGCGCUUUGAUGAGCUCCACGCGAAGAUGAAUGAUCAGCAUAGAGGACGUGGCGAAGAGGAUGAGGACGGCGCAAAAAAUUCAGGUGCUGAUUAUGCUGCUGACACCGAAGUUGAGGAUCGAGGCCAGCGACAUCUACGUCGUAACCGUCGAGGCAUGGGUGGACAACGUCCACAUGAGGUACAUAACAAUGACAUUGCUUUCAGUAAGAUAAAAUUUAAGAUACCCUCUUUUGAUGGUAAAUAUGAUCCAGAUGCUUAUCUUACUUGGGAGAUGGCUGUUGAACAAAAAUUUACUUGUCAUGAUUUUCCUGAAAAUGCAUGUGUUAGGGCUGCAACUAGUGAAUUCACUGAUUUUGCUUCCGUUUGGUGGAUAGAACAUGGCAAGAAAAAUCCUAAUAACAUGCCACAAACUUGGGAUGCUUUGAAACGGAUUAUGAGGGCUAGAUUUGUUCCAUCUUACUAUGCACGUGAUCUUUUAAACCAGCUGCAGCAGUUAAAACAAGCUGAAAGGGAAGUGCAGGGACGACGUGCAAGUACCAGGACUAACAUUUCUGCAGGGAGGAAUUUUUCCACGCAGCCCCGCUCAAGCAUUCCAUCAACUGGACGUGUUGCUGCACCUUAUUCAUCGUCAGCUCGAACAGCAGCCCCACCUUCUAGCGACAAGCCUCGUGACAACCCUGCAAAUUCAGCAGCAAAGACAACGCAAAAACCUGCUGCAACCACUUCAUCGGUGGCAUCCACAGGUAGAACAAGAGAUGUUCAGUGCCACCGCUGCAAGGGAUUUGGACAUGUCAUGCGUGACUGCCCAAGCAAGCGUGUUUUGGUGGUAAAAAAUGAUGGUGAGUACUCAUCUGCUAGUGAACUUGAUGAAGAUAUACUUGCAUUGCUUGCGGCUGACCAUGCAGGAAGUGAGGGCUGCUCGGAAGAACAUAUUAAUGCAGCUGAAGCCGACCGCUAUGAGAGCCUAAUUGUGCAGCGUGUGCUGAGCGCACAAAUGGAGAAAGCGGAGCAAAAUCAGCGGCACACAUUGUUCCAAACAAAGUGUGUCAUCAAAGAGCGUUCGUGUCAAGUGAUCAUCGAUGGAGGUAGCUGCAACAACUUGGCCAGCAGCGACAUGGUGGAGAAGCUUGCGCUUACCACCCAACCACACCCGCAUCCAUAUUGCAUUCAAUGGCUGAAUAACACCGGUAAGGCAAAGGUAACAAAACUUGUGCGAAUUAAUCUUGCCAUCGGAUCCUAUAAAGAUGUUGUUGAAUGUGAUGUUGUGCCAAUGCAAGCAUGUAGUAUUCUGCUAGGAAGGCCAUGGCAAUUUGAUAAAGAUUCUAUGCAUCAUGGUAGAUCAAAUCAGUAUUCCUUCCAACACCAUGAUAAAAGGAUUGUGUUGCAUCCAAUGUCUCCUGAAGCAAUUUUAAAAGAUGAACUUACUAGAGCUAGUAAAAUGAAGAAUCAGGAACAGGCUAAAAGUGAAAAUCAGAUUGUGGCAAACGAACUUGAGAAGCACAAAAAGAGAAGUGCCAAAUCUGUUCAUGAUAACAGAAAUGAGAUCAAGCUGAAAGGGGCAUGUUUCAUUGCUACUAAAUCUGAUUUGGAUGAGAUUGAUACUACCACUGCUGUUUGCUAUGCCUUGAUUUGCAAACAAACCUUGUUUUCACUUCAGGACAUACCUCUUUCCUUGCCCCCUGUUGUCACUAAACUUUUGCAGGAGUAUGCGGAUGUUUUUCCAAAGGAGGUGCCACCGGGGCUGCCACCAAUUCGUGGGAUUGAGCACCAGAUUGACCUUAUUCCCGGGGCCUCCUUGCCCAAUCGUGCACCAUACAGGACCAACCCUGAAGAAACUAAAGAAAUUCAGCGCCAAGUGCAAGAAUUGCUCGACAAAGGUUACGUGCGUGAGUCCCUGAGCCCCUGCGCUGUUCCUAUCCUUUUGGUUCCUAAGAAAGAUGGAUCUUGGCGCAUGUGUGUAGAUUGCCGAGCGAUUAAUAACAUAACUAUCAGAUAUCGUCAUCCUAUCCCUAGGCUAGAUGAUAUGCUUGAUGAAUUGAGUGGCUCAAUUGUGUUCUCGAAAAUUGAUUUGCGUAGUGGUUACCACCAGAUUCGCAUGAAAUUUGUUGUGGUAUAUUUUGAUGACAUUCUGAUCUAUAGCAAAUCACUAGAAGACCAUCUUGAUCAUUUGCGUGCUGUUUUGGAUGCUCUCCGUGAUGCACAUUUGUUUG